CCACAGGUUCCAUUCUAACAGCAAACAGGAGAGACAAUCAGUGAAGCACAAUGGUAUCUGCUGGCAUACAAAUGCUGGGCGCAGCCCUAGGAGUGAUCGGCUGGAUCGGUGUGAUAGUGGUCUGUGCUCUCCCCAUGUGGAGGGUCACGGCUUUCAUCGGCAGCAACAUUGUCACCUCGCAGGUUGCGUGGGAUGGCAUAUGGAUGAACUGUGUGGUCCAAAGCACGGGCCAGAUGCAGUGCAAGGUGUACGACUCCAUGCUGGCGCUCAGUUCGGACCUCCAGGCUGCACGUGCCCUCACCGUGAUCUCCAUCGUGAUAGGCAUACUGGGUAUCAUGCUGGCCAUGGCUGGAGGAAAGUGCACCAACUGCGUGGAGGAAGAGUCAGCCAAGGCAAAGGUGGCAGUGGCUGCGGGCGUGGUCUUCAUCAUCUCUGGUGUUCUCUGUCUGGUUCCUGUGAGCUGGACUGCUCAGACCGUCAUCCAGGAUUUCUACAACCCGCUGGUCAACCAGGCACAAAAGAGGGAGCUUGGUGCAGCGCUGUUUAUCGGAUGGGGAGCUGCUGCUCUGCUGAUCAUCGGGGGAGCCCUGCUUUGUUCCAGCUGCCCUCGCGAUGAAGACACAGGCUACACAGCCAAGUACAAGGCCACUCCUCGCUCUCAAGCCUCUGCACCGUCCACCAAGGACUAUGUCUAAAAAGUUCUCCAGGUUUGAAAAUUGCAUUAGUACUGUUUGGCUAAGAUCGUAAUCAUGAGGACUCGAUGGACUUCAUGUUGCUGGUUUAUGAUUAUGCAUUGUGCAAAGGAGAUCAAGGACGCACAAAGAAAAAUCUGCUCGUGUUCCACUAAGCUCUGCGCUUACUGAAUGUUUGUGGUCUAAAAGUGUGAUUUUCUUUUUUUUUUUUUUUUUUGUAAUGU